GUGGAGAUCAUGCCCCCAGUGAGGAUGAGUCUGGUGGACAUCAGCAAGAUCUUCUCCAUGCUGCAACCCAGAAACCAGGAUGACAACACUGAAAUCAAUCAAAUCAACCAAGCUGUCUUAAGAAAUGAUGUAGCCCUUUUGGAUGAGCUUUUGUCCCAGGAGCAUUACAGACGGUUUAUCAAUAAUCGGAGUGGCUGGGGUGUACCGGGGACUCCUCUCCGUCUGGCAGCCUCGAAGGGCCACCUAAGUUGCCUGGAAGUGCUCCUGAGGCAUGGCGCAGAGGUGGACAGUUUAGAUGUUAAGGCCCAGACCCCUCUUUUCACCGCUGUCAGCGGCAGGCACUUGUAUUGUGUUCAUGCUCUACUCAGGGCUGGGGCCAAUCCUAAUGGAAGCAUCUACAACAACUGCUCACCUGUACUCACUGCAGCCAGGGAAGGGGAUGCAGAGAUCUUGCGGGCCCUGCUGGAGCAUGGAGCUGAAGUCAACGUUCGUUCCAAGGUGCCCAAAUGGGCUUCCAAUGCUUGUGCCUGUAGUGGCCCUCUCUACCUUGCAUCAGUGUACAGGCACUUUGACUGUUUUAGGCUGCUUCUUCUCUAUGGUGCAGAUCCCAACUACAAUUGUACAGAGCAGAGAGUUUUGGCAAGGAUCAAGCAGCCAAAGACAGUCCUGGAGAUGUGUCUCAGAUAUGGCUGUGGACCUCAGUAUAUUCAGCUACUCAUAGACUUUGGGGCAAACCUUUACCUACCUGGCCACAUCCCAGUCAAAAACACACAGCAAAAUAAAGCAGCAGAACUCCUCGUCCAAGCCACAGCUCAGCCAAGAUCCUUGAUGUCAUUUACCAGACUGACUAUUCGAAAAUACCUCAAAGUAAUAAGUAGCCUGCAUGUCAUCAAUCAACUGGACCUACCACCAGUCCUGAGGAAGUACUUGAACCACCAAACCUGA